AGUAUAUAAGUCAGUGUCCACAGUGUGACUACAGAGAGAUUGUCUGCACUGAACUACUAAACAGUUUGCCACAAAACCUCCCACUCCAACCGAGGAAAUCUCAAGACAGAAAACUCAGAAGAAGAGAAAAGAAAGAGCAACAAAACAAACAUACCGAGCUCAUCUGAAAGAUGUCUGAACAAAGACAGAUUUCCAGUUACAUGGAAAAGGAAAAGAACAUGGACAAAAGGCCCUGUUCUCAUACUUUUUCCAUGGACUCUUUGGCCCCUGAGAUCAACAACAUCCCUGUCUCAGGGUUCAUCACUCACACAUCGUUGGAUGAUGAUGAGCUGAUGCAGUGUGAUGACCUCUUAGAUAAAAAAGAGCUCACCUGCUUCAACAUCCACGAAACCAUGAGUCUGGAAACCAGAUCAUUGCUCUCCGGCUCCUGGUCUUGCAGCACUGACUCACUUCUCUCAGAGGUCAUCACCUCAUUUGAUCAGGAUGUCAAUGAGGUGAUUAAAGCAGUAUGCCAAAGCUUUUUUGAGAACAUGGAGACAGAGGCAGUUAAUUCUGAAGUGAAAGAGGAUGUCCAGAGCACAGAGAGCAUAUCAACCUCCAGACUGACCACUGGGUCAGAUAAGAGCCUGUCUUCUUCUUCCACCGAAACAGUCAUCGCUGAGGCAGCAAAAACAAUUGUCUCUUUGGUGAUUGACGAAGCUGUAAAGGAACUGGAUGCCACUGAGGCUGCAAAAAUGCUCAUCUCUUUGGUGAUUGAUGAAGCUGUAAAGGAACUGGACGCCACUGAGGCUGUAAAAACACCCAAGGACAUUGGUUCUCUAAAGACACUGCAGUCCACUGACUGUGAAAAGGUGCUAGAAGACACUGAUACUCUGCAGAGGUCACAGAGGAAGAGGUGUAGAGACCAGAGAAAGGUUCAUCCAGCUCCACAUUCAUAUUUGGAUGAGGCUGUCAGGUCACCGAGCACUGACUGGACAAUUUUUUGCACUGGAGAGAGCAAACAGGGCUCUUGUGGUUCCCAAGAGACAACUACCUUUACCUCCUCCAGUGGUGAUGAAAGUGCAGACCUGAGGCCCAUUCAGCGAGAUUUGGUGGACUGCACAGUGGACGAAGACCCAACUAGAGUUGAGAAAACCAAAGCAAAGAAAAGCAAUCGCUUCUUUGACUUCUUCCGCAACGUCUUUUCCAAGAAAAACAUUAAAAAGAAGAAGAAGGAGGUGGCUGUGGAAGAAAAUCACUCCAAGUGGCCUUCUUUUUGGAUGCAUGUGAUGCUUUUGUAAGGACCGGGAUCAGGACCAGCUUCAGCCACUGGCCUGAUAAUAACUUAUCCCUGCUGUUGUAUUGAUGGAUAAAAAUACAUCAGUACGAUGUACAUUAUACUAUGUUUUAACUAUAUCUGUUUCUCUAAAUGAAUAUCAAUGAUUCUAGUUGUUGGACACUUGCAUUUUACUUUAUCACAAACAAAAACCACAAACAAAAAAAGAUGCUGGAGGAGGCUGAUUCUCUAAAGACACUGCAGUCCACUGUUAGUGAAAAGGUGCUAGAGGACAA